GAAGAAGAUGACUGAAACUUGGCCAUCAUGUUGAGCUCAUUAAGCUUCUAUGAGAUUGGGCAUAGGCUAAUAUAAUUCUUGUUUCUUAUGAGUGAUGAGCAGAAUUAAUAAUAGGAAUUUCGUACUGAAACAACAAUUAAUAGAUGGCAGAGAUUCUCUGAAACCAAUUAAAAGGUGAAAGCCAAACACCAUUUUUCUCAUCAAAAGUCACCUCAGUAACAUCCUUUUACAGUAACUGACAUUACACGUAAGCAAAAUUUGACAACAAAAGGUAAAGCAAGCAGCAGAAGAGCAACAGGCUCGCUGGAACCUUCAGAGAGAGAAAGUGAAAAGCAGGAGGAACAACAACAACCAAAUCAAAAAUAUAAACAAAUAUUAAAGGCACCUCAACAAAACCCAGAUCUUAAUUUUCCUUUUUUCACACACAUAUAUUUAUUUCUUCUGCUUAAUUUAGAUUUCACAUCAAGAAAACAGGGAGAAAAGCUUUUAAAGAUUGAAGCUUUCGUCGUUUUCUCGAGAAAAAUUUAUUUUUUAUCGUCCUUAGAGGCUGUUCAUGAGCUUCUGAGAUUGGGAUCCAGUUUUGGGAAUCUGGGUUUCGAUUGAAACGUGUGCCCUGGCAUAUGUGUCUGCGAGUCUGCUGUCGAUUCAUUUUCUUCAACUGAAGAUCAGAGCCAACACUCUCCCUCUUGCAUUUAACUGAAAUGUCAGAAGGGCUAGAAGUUCUUGGGACCAAUGAUGAAAUUAGAGAGAGAAGAUCUGAUUUUGAGAACUCGGAAGAUGAGAGACGACGAUCGAAGAUUGGCAAUCUGAAGAAGAAGGCUAUAAAUGCUUCAAACAAGUUCACUCAUUCUCUAAAGAAACGGGGAAAAAAGAAAAUUGAUUACAGGGUUCCUUCUGUUUCCAUAGAGGAUGUACGUGAUGCAAGAGAGGAGAGUGCUGUCCUUGAAUUGCAUCAAAAACUCAUUGAAAGGGAUUUGUUGCCUCCCCAGCAUGAUGACUACCAUACUUUGUUGAGAUUUUUGAAAGCUAGAGACCUAAACAUCGAAAAAACAAUUCUCAUGUGGGAGGAAAUGCUUAUUUGGAGGAAAGGAUAUGGAACAGACACCAUAUUGGAGGAUUUUGAGUUUGAAGAGCUGGAUGAAAUCUUGCAAUAUUACCCUCAAGGAUACCAUGGAAUUGAUAGAGAAGGACGGCCGGUUUACAUUGAGUUGCUUGGAAAAGCUCAUCCAAGUAGGCUUAUGCGUAUCACCACUGUUGAUCGGUAUUUGAAGUACCAUGUCCAAGAAUUUGAGAAAGCUUUACUGGAAAAAUUCCCCGCUUGUUCAGUUGCAGCAAAGAGAAGGAUCUGUACAACAACUACAAUAUUGGAUGUGCAAGGCUUGGGAAUUAAGAAUUUUACUCGGACUGCAGCAAAUCUCUUGUCCACCAUAACAAAAAUAGACAACAAUUACUACCCCGAGACUUUAUAUCGCAUGUACAUUGUCAAUGCUGGUCCUGGCUUCAAAAAGAUGCUUUGGCCCGCCGCACAAAAGUUUCUUGAUGCAAAGACUGUUGCUAAGAUACAGGUUCUAGAGCCCAAAUCUCUGGGGAAACUACUUGAGGUCAUUGACUCAAGUCAACUGCCAGACUUCUUGGGCGGUUCAUGCACUUGUUCUGCAGAAGGAGGGUGUCUUAGAUCUAAUAAGGGUCCUUGGAAUGAGCCUGACAUAAUGAAAAUUGUAAAAAAUGCUGGACCGGCCUUUGUGAGGCAGAUAACUCGAGUUUCAAGCGAACAGCAGAAAUUUCACUCCUAUACUCGUUCACACUCGCUGAAGGGAAGAACUAGUGACACAUCAACAGCAGAAUCAGGGUCAGAUAUUGAUGAUCCUUUUUCUGCAAGUGGGCGAAGGAGUUCUACAAUGUCUCGUUUAGCUCCUGUUCAUGAAGAAGUGAAAGAUCUUAAUGCCUACUACAGUUGUGAUGAUAAUUUCACUCCUUUUGAGAAAGCUGUGGGAACUGAUAGACGAGUGGGACAUUCUCAGGAUCAAUUGCUUAAAUACAAAGAUGCAGGAGAAAUUUGUUGUGUGACAAUAUCAAAUUCAGAAGGGACUCCAGUUAUCUGUUUGUUCAACAACGAGAAGGAAAAAGUUGAGAGAAGAAAUAUUCAGUCUGUGACAAAAAUGCUACUAUCCUUUGUGGUCAAACUAGUUGCUUUUUGUUGUAGUCUGCAGCUACUGUGGAGAAGGCAGAAUGACAUUCAUCCAUCUAGUAUUUUGGAAAACAACACAAAUAGCGAUCCACCAGCUGUUGAAGCUGUGCAUGAGGAAGACUUGGUCCUUCCUUGUAUUGAGCGUCUUCAGAAACUGGAGAAAGUUUUUGAGGAACUUAGCAAUAAGCCUCCUGCAAUCCCUUUGGAGAAGGAACAAAUGCUUAUGGAGUCUCUGCAAAGGAUCAAGUCUGUUGAAUCUGACCUUGAGAAAACAAAAAAGGUACUACAUGCUACAGUGGUGAAGCAGCAUGAGAUUGCUGAACUUCUAGACAACUUAUGGGAAUCUAAAUUUAGACAAAGGAGACUGUUCUGUUGAAUAUUUGAGAGCUGACAUUGGAACAAAGGUACAUCUGCAGAUUGGACUUAUGCAGGAAGGUGAUGCAGAGAAGGAACAGCCUCAGCAGCACAUAUUUGGAAGAGGCCGGGCAAACACUUUUUUUAACCCCAUUUACCAAAUCCCUUUAUUUUCCUUGUUAGUUAGUGGUUAACAAAAGUUAGCGUAAAGCUGUUAAUGGGUCAUAUGCCGUAUUCGGCUUAAAACAGUGUAGAGAGUAAAAGAAGAAAAAAAAGUACAAAAAAAAAAAAAAGGGAAUCAAUGAAGUGUUUUGCAGUGAGCAUAUCAAGUUACUUUCCUACUCAAACGCUUAUAGCCAGUUUAUCAGACUGAAGAUUUGUUUACUGUAAAUGAAAUCUCAAACCCUUUUUAACUGAAA